CGUGCUCACAAAAGACUCGUCACGUCGCACAGAGUUGAGGCGGUCUCCCAUUUCCCUCCCUCCCUCAACUUCCCGCGUGCUCCCGUCGUUUCCCCGCAACCGCUCCCAGCCGCCGGCGGUGACCAACCCGCUGCACAUGAGGCGGCCCCGCCAUGGGCUGCAUCCUCGGUAAGCUCGCCACCGCGCCCGGCUCCUCCCUCUUCUUCCCCGCCGCCGCGGCUGCCGCGGGAGGAGGGGACAAGGCAGCAGAGGUGCAGCUCCAGCCGCCGCAGCAGGAGCACAUCGCGGCGGUGAGGAAGGACGCGUCCGGGUGGCCGCUCUGGCUCUCCGAGGCCGCCGGCGACGCGCUUCGCGGAUGGGCGCCCCGCGGCGCCGACGCCUUCCACAAGCUCGAGAAGAUAGGUUCAGGGACAUACAGCAACGUGUACAAGGCGAUUGACGUGGAGAGCGGCCGCGUGGUGGCGCUGAAGAAGGUGCGGGUGGAUGGCGUCGGCGAGGCCGAGAGCGCGCGGUUCAUGGCGCGGGAGAUCGCCCUGCUCCGCCGCCUCGGCGACCACCCCCACAUCGUCCGCCUCCAGGGCCUCGUCACCUCCCGCCUCAACACCGCGCCGUCCCUCUACCUCGUCUUCGAGUACAUGGAACAUGACCUCACCGGCCUCACAGCCUGCGCAACUGCCUCCGGCCGCCGCCUGUCCUUGCCUCAGGUGAAAUGCUACAUGAAACAAUUACUUUCCGGGAUUGAACACUGUCAUAAGAAUGGUGUUCUGCACCGUGACAUCAAGAGCUCGAACCUACUUGUCAGCAGUGAUGGGAUUCUUAAGAUAGCUGACUUUGGACUUGCCACCUCUUAUGAUCCUGAUAACAUGCGGCCAAUGACUAGCCAAGUGAUCACGCUUUGGUAUCGUCCACCUGAACUCUUGUUAGGAGCAACUCACUAUGGUGUUGGUGUUGACCUUUGGAGUGUGGGUUGCAUAUUGGCAGAACUGCUUCUUGGUCAGCCUAUAUUCUCCGGAAGAACAGAGGUGGAACAAUUGCACAAGAUUUUCAAGUUGUGUGGUACUCCAUCAGAGGAUUACUGGGAGAAAAUGAAGUUCGCUCAUCCUACGUUCAAGCCAUAUGAACGGUGUCUAGCAGAAAAAUUUAAAGAUGUGCCACCAUCGACCUUAUCGCUUCUUGAGACUCUCCUGUCAAUUGACCCAGAUAUGAGAGGCACCGCAACUGAUGCUCUGAACAGUGAGGUUAAUCCUACCCUAUCAAUCCUCAAGCCAUUUAAAACUAACUGCUACAUGGAACAAAUACAAAAGAAGAAGAAAAAUUGUGGCAGACAAUAUGCAAAAGAAUGGUUCUUCAGGACAGAACCGUAUGCAUGUGAACCAUCAAGCCUUCCGCAGUAUCCACCAUGUAAAGAAAGAGACGUGAAGCUGAAGUACGAGAAGCACAAAAGGAGAUCAAGGGUUAAUGGGUCAGUAGAACGUCAUAAAAACCGACAGCAUGCUUCGCAAAAUCCUGGGCGCAGAGUAUUUACUCCAGAUGUCAAUAAUAAGCCACAAGCAAAUCCAAAGGUACCAAGAUUGGUAACAAGCAUGAGCACUACCAAACUUGAGAGAUUUCCUCCACCUCAUUUGGAUGCGUCGAUUGGUUAUAGCAUAGAUUCAUCAGCUGAUGGAACCACGGAAGAAUUCUUCACAUCUUCAGUUGUUGAGCUAAAGAAAAUGCCAAGCCUAUUAUUCGGUCACAUGAAAUCUUACCUGAAUAGUCCGAAGAAGGGCAUGCAGAAGGCCAAGCCAAGCCUCAAUAUGGCGCCUUCCACUGUUCUCAUCGGUGCAUUCCGGCCUUACUCACUUGGCCAUCCAAUGGAAGUGAGAAGAAAGAACAGGGAGCAAUUCAGAGGCAAAGGGAGAAAUGUAGUAGGUCCGGUCAAAUGACAUUGUAACCAUGUUCCCCCUUUUUUUGUCCUUUUUAUAGAUGCUAUUCAGUAGCCAGUGAUUUUCAACCACAGUUGAUAGGUUUACUUGUAUAGUUCGAGAGUAUUAUAAAUUAGAGCUGUGUAUAGUGCAUUUGUUAUGUAUAAUGGAUUGCAAAAUUUCAUCAGCAACAGAGUAAGAUCUGAGAUCAUCCCCACCCAAUUUUGUA